AUGCCAUCAAAUACAAUAGUGUCUCCACCUAGUAAAACAAUUAAAAAAUUCAAAGCUAGUUUGCAGAUAAUAAAAAAUCAAUUUUGUAAAUUACAACAGGAUCUAGCCUUAAAAGAAGAUUAUAUUAAAUAUCUUGAAAAAGAAAUUUUGAUUCAAGAUAAGGAUUUGGAUCUAUUAAAAUCAAGUAGCAGAUUGCAAACCCAGUUAGCCGAUUUACAAACCCAGUUAACUGAUUUACAAACCCAGUUAGCUAUGCUUCAAAAUGACUAUGGCCUUCUUCAUCAGGCUUAUGAGGCCUACAGAACACAACACAAUAUAUUUAAAUCUCGAGAACUUGAUGGUCAAAUUACAAUCUGUAUGCAAAAAAGACAAAUAUCAAAGUUGUUAGCAGAAAAAUUUACAUUGCAUCUUUUGAAUAGACAAACUCAAAAGCAAUUACAAAAUUGUGAAGCUGAUAGAGCUACAACUAUACAUCUCUUAAAUCUUACAAGAAAUCGAUAUAUCAAAUGGAAAAAUAAAUGCAAAACUCAAGAAAAUAAUCUAUUACUUGCCAAUGUUCAACUGAACAACAAGUGGGUUGCAGGAGACUUAACCAGUAUUGCAUUAUUAAUUGCAAAGAUUCCAAAUUAUAGUGGACAAAUUCCACCAGAUGAAUGGUAUCAAAGAAUUAAUCAAAUAUUAACUUUAUUAUCAAUUAUGUCAGCUGCCUUUGAUAAUCCACUUCGAGCAGAUAUUUUAAAAAUUGCUACACAAAGAUUAGCACAAGAAAAAUUCUUACUAUUUGAUAAUUCAGAAUCAUAUGAGGCUAGAAUUCAUCCUCUUUUAUUAGAGGUUGCUGAUAAUGAUGCCAAUAUCUUAGGACUUCUUAAGAGCCAUUUAUCAGGAGAGCUUUAUACUUGGAUGAAAAUUGCUAAUCCUGCUAGCAUUAAUGCAUUUUUUACAGAACUUAAAAAUAUGUGGUUAGAACAUUCUCCAAAUUUGUAUAAAGGCUCCAUUCCUGUCCAAAUCUCUCAAACUUCAGCUCAAAAGCAACCUGAUUUCAGUAACUACCUUAGAGUAUCAGAUAAAUAUAUGCCAGAAAGACCACCAGAUGGAUAUAGUAUAAAUUCUGAAAAAUUUAUUCAUUGUGAUCUUAUAAACCCAACUCCUUCAGCCAGCCAAAUUAUAGAAUCUUUAGUUAAUGAUCUUUAUAAAAAAGUGUCAGAUAUGUUUUUAGCAAAGCCAGUACAAUCAAAGAAAAAUAUUGAAGUUAACUCUGACAAAGAACUAGCUGAUCAUAUAGAACUGGACACAAUUCUCAUAAGUGUCCUAGAAAGAAAUCUAAAAAUUCCAAGAGAUCUAGCAAUAAUAAAAAAGAUCGAUAAGGAACCUAAGUUUCACAAGAGGGGUGGGAGUAAGCAAACAGUUUUAGAACAAACUAUUCGUAAAAUUAUCCAAAGUGAACUUAAAGAUAUUUUAUCUUUAUUAUUGCAGAAGCUCAAUUUUAAUAAUGAAAAAUUAUACUAUAUUCAAAAUAAUAAUUAUCAAGAACCAGCUCCAGAGACUUUGGAUGAACCUAUGGAAAUUGAUUUUGUUUUUCAGAAAAAACCCAAUACAGGUAUUGCAACUAUACCAUGCAAAAUUAAAUGUUUAAAAAUCCCAGCAAUGAUACUUGAUAGUAGGGCUGAAACUGAAAUCAUAACAGAAGAUAUUGUUAAGUGUAUAAAUGGAAAAUUUGAUAGAUCUGUGAAGUAUAACCUUAGUGAUAUUGCUACUAUUCCAAUUGAGUCUAUUGAUGGCUUACAUAAUAAGGAUACUAUUACAUCUAAGCCUUUGGUAUCUGAUCAAAUUUCACAGGAAGUAGAUAGUGAUAAGAAUGACAGUAUACCAUUGGAGGAAUGGCAUGCUCCUCAAGUACAAGAUGCUAAUAUGUUGGCUAAUAUACAUACAUUACAAAAUAUUAAAGGCCAUCAACUUGGUAGUAUACGUGAAGAAGAGCUAGAAAAAAAAAUACAUGAUGCUAUCAAGUUCAAAGCAGAAAUUAAUAAGCUUAGUGAGAAAUUGCAGGAUAAAUACAAAAAGCAAAUGAAGGCAUUUGAUCGAGAAAGAAAGGGGUGA